CCAGCCUCAGGAUGAUUGGGGAUAAUAUUAUAAACGUGCAACUUUGUUUUUCAGCGUUGGAACGUGUGGAUCAUCGUCUGUCAUGGCGGCCGGGAGAAGUGUUUGGAUCACGCUGGCAUUCACGCUCUUUGUCCCGCCGAGUGCCGCUCAGCACUUCCCCGGGGGUUCGGCGCCGGGGCGCGGCGUCUGCCAGCCGGUUUCCAUCCCGCUGUGCGCCGACAUCGCCUACAACCGGACCAUCAUGCCCAACCUGCUGGGCCACGGGCGCCAGGAGGAUGCCGGGCUGGAGGUGCACCAGUUCUACCCGCUGGUGGCGGUGCGCUGCUCACCGGAGCUGCGCUUCUUCCUGUGCUCGGUGUACGCGCCGGUGUGCACGGUCCUGGAGCGCGCCAUCCCGCCCUGCAGGGCGCUGUGUGAGCGCGCUCGCCGUGGCUGCGAGCCGCUCAUGAACACAUUCGGCUUCCAGUGGCCCAAGACGCUGCGCUGCCGGAACUUCCCGGUGCACGGCACCGGAGAGAUCUGCGUGGGACAGAACACCACCGACACUCGCAGCGACACGCCCGACCCCAGCCCCGGCAUCGAACCGCCGACCGACAUGACAGACCCGCCAUUCACCUGCCCCCCGCAGCUCAGGGUGCCCCCCUGUCUCGGCCACUACUUCCUGGGUGCGGCGGACUGCGGCGCCCCCUGCGAUGCCUCCGCCCACGGCGGUCUGAUGGAUUUCGGCGCGGCAGAGCUAAAGUUUCUGCGGCGCAGCGUGGGUGUCUGCUCGGCGCUGAGCUGCGUCAGCUCGCUGUUCGCCGUGCUCAGCUUCCUGUUGGAGCCGCGGCGCUUCAGAUACCCCGAGAGGCCGGUCGGCUUCCUGUCCGGCUGCUGCUUCAUGGUGGCGGCCGCGUACCUGGCCGGCUUCCUGCUGGGAGACACGGCCGCCUGUAUCACCCAUCAGACAUCCCGGCCCAGCGUGAAGACGGUUGCCCAGGGAACCAGGAUGGACCUCUGCACCCUCCUCUUUGUGGUGGUCUACUUCUUCGGCAUGGCGAGCGCGGCGUGGUGGCUGAUCCUGUCGCUCAGCUGCUUCCUGUCGGCCGCCAUGGCGUGGGGCAGCGAGGCGGUGGAGGCCAGGGCGCCGUGCUUCCACCUGUUAGCGUGGGCGCUGCCCGCGGUCCAAACCCUCGCCGUCCUGGCCGCGGGGCAGGUGGACGGCGACGUGCUAACGGGCGUCUGCUACGUGGGCGUCCACAGCGUGACGGCACUGCGGCACUUUGUGCUGGUACCGCUGCUCGGCUACCUCUGCGUGGGUGCUGCCCUCUUACUGGCGGGCUUCGCCUCGCUCUUCAGGAUCCGCGCGGCCGUGAAGCGUGGUGGCCGCGAUACAGAACGGCUGGAGAGGCUGAUGGUGAGGAUGGGCGUGUUUGGCGUGCUGUACACGGUGCCGGCCGGCGCCCUGCUGGCCUGCGGCCUGUACGAACAGGCCCUCCAGCCGCAGUGGGAGGGGGCGUGGCGCAGGAGGACGUGCAGACAUUUUGGUGUGCCGUGCCCGGUCGGGACGGUGAUGCCGGCGGCGCCAAGCUUCAGCGUGUUCGUCAUCAAAUACCUGAUGAGCCUGAGCACGGGGAUCGGGUCGGGACUCUGGGUCUGCUCCGGGAAAACGCUGCAGACGUGGCGCCGCUUUUACACGAGACUCAGGGAGGGAGGGGGGGAGACCACGGUGUAG